UGCCUGAUGAUCCCAAUAAUUUAGGUAACGAUGCUCCCCUCUGGUCAACCUCUGGUAUAUUCUAUUGCGAAUUGUCUGGGACUCGUUAUUGUUUCCCUGUUCACUACUCAAAUAUAUUUUGCUUAUUAAAUAUAUUAGCAUAACUAGGCUAAUCAGAGCCAUGGACCCAUUGUAAAAUUAGAGGCUUUUUAUUGUAUUAAAACUUGUCCCAGUCCAACGUGCUAACUCUGCCCACUGGGGCGUGACUUAUGGAGCGCUCUUUAAAAUACGCGCUCGUAUCAAUUUAUUCCAACAGAUCGCGUUAUCUCAUCACACAUGCACCCAUUUGGACCCAACAGGUGUGCUGCAUGGCAACUGGUAGAGGCUGUUCAAAAACGACUCGGUGGAGAAUCUGGCCACCUACAGCAAGCAGUUUGGAGAUCACGGAGGCGUCUCUCGACUCGUCGUCUAUUACCAUGAAGAACGUAACAUGGGCAGACGAAGCCUGCUGUAUUUGUUCCCUCAAUGUUUACCCGAGUGGAUCAAGACACAAGCAGACGUGUCUUACCGUUCAAGGUCUACCUGAGGUCAUUGAUGGUGACAGGAUCAGUGGGCUCUCUCAUCUGGUGAGAACACAGCAGGUUGUCACAGCAACCCUGGGAGAAGAUGCAGUCUUAACCUGUGAGCUCAUGAAACCCAAAGACGUGCGGCAAGUCACCUGGGAAAAAAUGACAACAGAGAUGAAUGAAAAUGUAGCCAUCUACAGCAAACGCGGUCCCGAUGUCAACGUACGUUUUAAGAGGAAAGUGGAGUUUGAAGAUGAGGGACUGCAGAACUGCUCUAUCAUCAUCAGAGGAGUGUCAAGAGGAGACGAGUCCUGCUACAGGUGUCUGUUUAACGCCUAUCCAGAUGGAGCUAUCAGCGGAAGGACCUGCCUCCAAGUUAAUGAGCUGUAUAGACCCUCACUCGUCAUCACACAAACCAACAACAGUCACACCACUCUGUCCUGUUCUGCUACUGGACGACCUGCUCCUAUAGUAACCUGGGACGAAACAGAAAUUCUAGAAAAUUCUACAAUGGUCAAUGUCACCCAUCUCAAUGGAACUGUCACUGUCACCAUAACUUCUAUGCUAGCAGCAUUCAGUCUACCUGACAAAGACACCAGGGUUGGCUGUGUGGUGUCACUGUUCUCUGGAGGUGUCACCAAGAACGUAUCCAUGGUUAUUCCAGCUAGAACUCAAGCUUCAUUUGCUGGUGAGAAAUGGUUCAGUACAUGCCUACAGUAACAAUCAGCAUGCUGGUGUCAUUCUGAAAUACUGUCUCUGUGUGUUCUGUGCUAGAUGUACCUGAGGUCACUGAUGGUGACAGGAUCAGUGGUAAGUCAUUAAUAUAAUGACCACAACUAAUCUCUGACACGCUUAUCUGUGAAUUGUACGAUUCUCAUCUUGUCAUCUUUCACAUUUAAACCAACAGGGAUUGGUGGAGUGAUGGGUUCACUGUGUUUCAUUGCUGUGUGCUGUGGAGCUGCUGUGGCACUGUGCUGCAAACAGAGAAAUACAACGAGAAGGUAAGUUUUACUGUUCAGAUGACAAAGAGAAAAUACUGUAUUCAUUUGACAUUCUUUUUGUAAAUUUGACAAUCAAUCUUUAGCCCAAAUCCCACAGCCAAUGAGAGAGAACAGGAAGAACCAUCAACACUCAACCCUCAACAUGAUGAUCCUGAAAUAUUUUUAUGAUUUCAUGUAAACAGUGUUUGUACUUACUGUAGGUAAGAAAUAGAUUAGAGAACCUUUCAAUUGUUUUUCAGCAUCAAAUGUCCUCCCUGGAGAAUAUGUAACUGUAAAUACCCACAAAGCAGUUAUAUCACUACACUAUUACAACAGAUGAUUUGACUCUUAUCAGUAUCAUUGAUGUUAAUGUCUUUCAGGACCACAACAAUCUCCAGUACAUUCUAAAUGUAUUAGGACAACCUUAUUGGAUCAUCCUGGUAGAGUGGUAGUCAUGGUGACUGCAUACAUGCAUUUGUUGCAAUGCUGCAUUGUUGUUCCAGUAUGUUAUUUGUAUUUUUUAGGGAUCCCCAUUAGCUGCUACUGUUCCUGGGGUCCAAACAUAUUGAAGCACAUACAUUACAUAUAAAACUAAAGAUAAAACACUACAUCAUAUAACAUUAUUACACUACUACAUCUCUACAAUACAACAUGUUCAAUACCACCAUACAGCAACAUACCACCAUCCCAGUUGUUCCAUAAGGUGUAUUUUAACCUGCUUUUAAAACAUCUGAUUCUACUGCUUGUAUCAAUUACCAGAGGUGGAAUAGGGUUCCAUGUAGUCAUGGCUCUAUGUAGUACUGUGCACCUCCCAUAGUCUGUUUUGGACUCGGGGACUAAAAAGAGACCUCUGGUGGCAUGUCUUGUGGGGUAUGCAUGGGUGUCCGAGCUGUGUGCAAGUAUUUUAAACAGACAGCUUGGUACAUUCAGCUUGUCAACACUUCUUACAAAAACAAGUAGUGAUGAAGUCAAUCUCUCCUCCACUUUGAACCAUGAGAGAUUUACAUGCAUGCCAUUAAUGUUAGCUCUCUGUGUAUUUUUAAGGGCCAGCCGUGCUGCCCUGUUCUGAGCCAACUACAAUUGUGGCACCUGACCACACUACUGAACAGUAGUCAAGGUGCGACAAAACUAGGGCCUGUAGGACCUGCCUUGUUGAUAGUGUUGUUAAGAAGGUAGAGCUGUGCUUUAUUAUGGACAGACUUCUCCUGAUCUUAGCUACUGUUGUAUCAAUAUGUUUUGACCAUGACAGUUUACAAUCCAGGGUUACUCCUAGCAGUUUAGUCACCUCAACUUGCUCCAUUUAAACAUCAUUCAUUACAAGAUUUAAUUGAGGUUUAGGGAUUAGUGAAUGAUUUGUCCCAAAUACAAUGCUUUUAGUUUUAGAAACAUUUAGGACUAACUUAUUCCUUGCCACCCAUUCUGAAUCUAACUGCAGCUCUUUGUUAAGUGUUGCGGUCAUUUCAGUUGCUGUAGUCACUGAUGUGUAGUGUUGAGUCAUUGGCAUUGGCUUUACUCAAACAGCUACCCCGGGGAAUUCCUGAUUCUACCUGGAUUAUGUUUGAGAGGCUUCCAUUAAAGAACACCCUCUGUGUUCUGUUAGACAGUAACUCUUUAUCCACAUUAUAGCAGGGGGUGUAAAGCCAUAAUACAUAUGUUUUUCCAGCAGAAGACUAUGACCGAUAAUGUCAAAAUCUGCACUGAAGUCUAACAAAACAUUCCCCACAAUCAUUUUAUCAUCCAUUUCCCUCAGCCAAUCAUCAUUCAUUUGUGUCAGUGCUGUGCUUGUUGAGUGUCCUUCCCUAUAAGCGUGCUGAAAUCUGUUGUCAAUUUGUUUUUGUUUCAUACUGUAGUUUUAUUUAGUCAUGAUUUCUUAAUUUGCAAUAUGUUUGCCAAUCAGUUUGGCUGCCAGACUUAUUAGCCAUACCUUUUGCCUCAUCCCUCUUAACCAUACCAUUUUUCAUUUCCUCAGCAAUCCACAGGGAUUUAACAGUUUUUACAGUCAUUUUCUUAAUGGGUGCAUGCUAAUAGGUAACUGGAAUAAGCCAUUUCAUAAAUGUGUCAAGUGCAGUGUCUGGUUGCUCCUCAUUACACAUCAAAGACCAGCAAAUAUUAUUUACCUCAUCAACAUAUGACUCACUACAAACUUCUUGUAUGACCUCUUAUACACUAUAUUAGGCUCAGCCGUUGGAACUAUUCUAAAAUGGAUUAAGUAAAAGUGUAAUGAUCACUUUAAUGGUACUGUAUUUCAAACACUCAAACACUGGUCAGUUAUGUUUGUUUUAGACCAUAGCUGUCAACACUUGGCCGUUUUUACUUUGUUAUCUUAUAAACAUUUUAGAAGGUUAUGAGAACUGAGUGACUACUAUACUGUCUCACACACACAUCUGUGUGGUUCAGAGACCGUUUCUAUCCAUAGGCAUUGUGGGUACUGAAUAGUGGACUGAAUGGCUGACACACAUAGGCCUGCUGUUUAUUUUAUACUUAAAUACAGUCUGUAUGUAAAUAUGUUUUGUAGUUGGUUAAUGAUGAAACAUGAUAAAUCCACACUAGACUUGUGUGGUUUUUAUAUUUCACUUUAUUUUAUAAAUCAAAUGUUUAUAGAUCAAAUGUUAGGUACUUUCAUGGUGUGUGUGGGUGGUUUUCUUAAUUCUUCACUUUUUUUAAUCAAAUGCUGUAAGAUACACAAUGUUGUAAGGUACGUUGU